ACCUAUUGGCAGACGCUUCAUUCCGUGUAGUUGCCUUUAUACACAGUGGCAGUAGCAGGCGUCGUGGACGGGAGGGAGUUUAACGGGAGGAACAGCGUCACAUUUCAACUAUUACUUUACGUUAUUUUUCCGGGAAGUUAUUUAAAGUAUAACUGAAACCACGCGGUUAAUUUAAUCUGGAAGAGAAAGGUAACUGAGUGGUUAUCCGGCUAAAAGCUAACCAACGGCUGCCACAGUGCGCCUGUCAAACCGGUCCCCGCCCUUUGAGCUGUCACAUCACGGAGGCGGACAGGCAGGAAACAUGGCGAGUUUGGCGAGUAAAGUGUUUUUUAAGGUCGACAGGGUGUGUCGCCACCUCCCCGUGGUCCUCAACACCUUCCUGGUCUUCUCCAUCACUGGGGAGGUGAGCUACCUGGUGAUGGUCGAGGCGCCGUUGGACGCGGACCAGAAGAAGACGGAGUGGUCCUCCUGGUGGAAAAUGAUCCACCUGCUGGCUCAGUACUUCAUGCUGGGGAACAUCUGCUGGAACGCGCUGCUCUUCCUCAGAACCAGCCCCAGCAUCAGGGGGGUGUUCCUGGGGGGAGAGGGCAUGGGGCAGGGCUGGAGAUACUGUUAUACAUGCGAAACACACACUCCUCCUCGCUGCUCCCACUGCUACGACUGUAAAGUGUGUGUGCUGCGGCGGGAUCACCACUGCGUCUUCUUUGGCCAGUGUGUGGGCUUCCGUAACUACCGCUUCUUCCUGAGCUGCUUGUUAUUUAUGUGGCUGGGACUGCUGUACGCCACUCUGAUGAAUGCAGAGGUCUUCAUUGUCAUACUGAAGGAGGGGGUGACCCUGCACAGCGUCCUGCUGCUGCUCAUACCCUGGAUCAUGCUUGUUUCAGGCCAGGUCUCAGCACGUGCCUUCGCCUUUGCCUUCAUCGCCGACUCAUGCGUGGUGGGCUUCCUGCUCGUCUCCGCCUUCUUCUUCUUCCACAUCUUCCUGAUGUUUCGGGGACAGACCACCAGGGAGUGGUACUCGACCCGCCGACCCUACAGCCUCGGGCUCCUGGGAAACCUGCGUAACUCUCUGGGCGUUCGCUGGUACCUCUGCUGGCUCUGCCCGCUCAUCCCAUCACCGGUCCCUGGUGAUGGGAUACACUUCCAGGUCACGGGGUCGCUGGAGCCCUCACGGUAACGGCUGAAAGUCUGACUAUGAACAGGCAGCGUGUCUUUGCUUUAGUGGUGAUGGUGAAUGUUAUCGGGAGCAGCAGCAGCGGGGAAAAUCACCUCAGUACAACAUGAGGUAGUUUGUGAUGAAGCCUGAACAGUGUGUGGCUUUUUAAGAUGUUAAUGGGUAUAACGGUCUACAGGUAUAUUCUCUGUAGCCUUUACCUGCACUGACAUGAAGAAAUUAUGGGUUUUCUUUGGAAUGUAAUCUGUACACUCAUUGAGCACAGAAAUGUUAGGAAAAUUGAGCACUGAAAAUGAGAAUGUAUUUUAUUUUUUGAUCUAAAAAGUGUAUCUUUUUAAAUAUUUGUUAAAAAGCAUUCGCGACUGCUCACUACGACUCCCGGGUGGUCGCUUAAAUGAGCCUUUGUUGUACUGUUUAUUUUGCCUAAAUCUGAAGAUUAUAUACAUUUGGCUUGCACUGUUCCUGGAUAGUUCACAGGAUUAUAAAUGUGCUUUCCAUGUGUCUACAUCCACUCCUGAGCUCAGGCUGAGUUUAUUAUACUAAGCUUUACUAGGUGAGACAAUGAGAGUACUGAGAAGGAGUUUACAAUGACAGAACACAUAUGUAUGUGUAUGAAAACAAUCGUCAGAAAUUUUUCUAGAUGUGAAAUCUACCGUUGCAGUUUACAAACUAAUGUUAAAGCAUUUAGUGAAUAGAGGUGGACAAUAUUUCUCCAUUACGUAAUCUUCUGUUUUACAUUACAUUGUCCAUGUUUUAGUCAGUAAGAUACUAUAAACCAAACCUACCAUGUAUCAACAUGCUGUUAACUGACUCUAGCAACUGUUGUGUCCCUAUUUCCUCCUACAUACUUCUUGUACACAGUAUAUAUCUAUUUAUCUAUUUUUUUUCAUGCAGUCAUGCCUUCCUGACAUUUUCACCAGGGUAAAAAAAAACUGAAAAAGUAAUUGUAGCAUGUAUCACAUUGUGUAUAUCACAAUGCUGUACAUCUAAUAUGCAAUUUGCCUGCUAAGUUAGCAGGGUUUCAAUACUUGUAGGGAGACUUUGCAGAUUUUCAACCAGCUGUGUGUCACAGAAGCGCCUGCAGUACAAGCUGUGCAUCCAAUGUAGCAUUAGAAGCAUUUUGGAAAUAGCAAGUUAGCUUUCCUUCAUCCACACACUCUUGUUACAGCGUUGGAGAGCACAUUGCCAGUUGAGUUUAAUCUAAAGUGGGGUGGAAAAACGAUGCUGACUGUUUUUGUUCCACUAGCAGAAACUGACCCCAGGUGGUGUGUGGUGUGCACUACAAUACAUCGCCUCAAUACAGCAUCAAAGAGCAGCAUCAGUUUUUUAGUACGGUAUUGAAAAUAAUGCAAUCUGGACUUCUAAAUACCCUGGUAUAACUUCAUACUGCCUGAGCCUCACACUAUAUACUGUAUAUAAUCUUUAUAACAUCCUGUUUUUGCAGGAAGUAUACAGGAAACUAACAUGCAUUUUAUACAAAUGUUUGAUACAAUACAAUGUUUUUCCACUUUUUGCUUUCUGAGCUAUUCCUGGAGCUUUUCCACCUGACUGUUUGGAGUAUGGAAGACACACUAUAUACUCAAAACCUGCUUUGAUUUAGUAUGUAGUUUGGAUUUGGGACACAGUUAACAUGUUUUACAGCGUUAAAUGCCAACUGGACUUCAGUUACCUCAAUACAAUCAAUUUUAUCCCUCUCUUUUGCACUUUUUCUUUUUGUUAUUUUAAUUCUCCUGGCCUUAAAAUGAUUUAUUACAAGCCUUUGUUUUCACAGGUGCUCUUUCUUGUCCUGCUAUAUAUUUACAAUAUACUCAGAAAUAUUGUUUGCAGGUAUUGUUAAUUGCUAAAUAUAUGUCUGCCUCUUUAUUUUUUUGUUUAAUUUUAUAUGGGUAACACCAUUUGUUGUUUGAUUUUGGCUGUUUGAAAGUGGUUGAAUAAAUUGUUUCAAGGGAA